AUGAUUGGAGGGAUUGAAAAUCGGAUUCUAUUAGUAUCAUUAAUCUCUCGCCCAGGACAAAUGAGUCAAGAACAAGUAUACACUGUGGCAUCUGAUAGCGAUACGACUGGGGACGAAAGAUCAUCAGCCCCUUUUCCGGAAAUUGCAAUUGGUAUCGAUAUCGGUACCUCUCAAUGUAGUCUUGCAGUUUGGAACGGUUCUCAGGUAGAGCUUAUCAGGAAUACAAGAAACCAAAAACUGAUGAAAUCAUAUGUGACCUUCAGAGACGAAUCCCCCGUAGGUGGAGUCAGUGAUCAACUAUCCCAUGAAUAUGAAAUGUUAUCAGGGUCUUCUGUUUUCAACAUGAAACGCUUAAUUGGUCGAAUCGACACCGACCCCAUUGUCUCUCAAGCUAGCAAGACUUUACCUUUUCUCAUCCAAACUUUGGGAAUCGGUGUAAAACCAUUCAUUGCAGCAUUGGUAAACAACAUGUGGAGAUCAACCACCCCAGAAGAAGUCCUUGCCAUAUAUCUUGUAGAACUAAAAGCUUUAGCAGAAGUUGGGGUGAAACGACCUGUGAGAAACGUUGUGUUAACUGUUCCCGCUGCAUUUAGUCGGUUUCAGUUAACAAGAAUUAGUCGGGCCUGUGCCAUGGCUGGUCUCCAUGUUGUUCGAUUGAUGCCUGAACCAGCUGCAGUUGCUUUGUUAUAUGCCCAACAGCAGCGGCAGCUGUCUGUACAUGAUAGUGGUAGUGAAAAGGUUGCUCUGAUAUUCAACAUGGGUGCGGGGUAUUCGGAUGUGGCUAUAAUUGUGACAGCCGGCGGAGUGUCGCAAAUGAAGGGCUUGGCGGGUAGCACCGUAGGAGGGGAGGACUUGCUUCAAAAUACGAUGCACUAUCUUUUACCCGAUAUGGAGAAUCUGUUUCCGAAUAAAAUAAAAUCAAUGGGCAUUCUUCGAGUCGCAGCACAGGACGCAAUCCACAAGCUGUCAUCUCAAUCCAGAGUCCAAAUCGAUAUUGACCUUGGAAACGGAAUAAAAAUAUGCAAAAUCAUUGAUUUGGAGGAGUUUGAAGAAGCCAACAAAGAGGUUUUUGAAAAAUGUGCUUCUUUGGUUACACGUUGUUUGCAGGACUCAAAGGUGAACGUAGAACAUAUCGAUGAUGUGAUUCUUGUUGGCGGUUGUACCAAUAUCCCAAAAGUGAAGAACAUGGUGAUGGGUAUCUGUAAAAAAAACAAAAUCUACCCGGGUAUCAACCCGUUAGAAGCGGCAGUUCGUGGGGCGGCACUGGAAGGAGCACUGGCGGCUGGUGUCAAUGAUCCUCUCGGGAGUUUAGAUCUUCUAACCAUUCAAGUGAACGCACACAGCAUUGGGAUCCGAGCCAAUAGGGACAGUUUUGUACCUAUUAUAGCUCGGAACACCACUAUGCCCGCCAGGAGGGAGGUGGUUUUUACUACCGCCCAUGACCACCAGACUGAGGCCUUGAUUGUGGUGUAUGAGGGUGAUGAGGAGGUAGUGGAUAAGAACUAUCUGUUGGGGUAUUUUAAGGUUGUAGGGAUACCUUUGGCUCCCAGAGGGAAACCCGAAAUUAAUGUGUGUAUGGACAUUGAUGCUUCGAAUAUGCUGAGAGUCAUGGUUGGGGUUUUAAUGCCCGGAGAACAGAAUCCGGUGGUUCCCCCACUUGAAGUGAGAAUGCCGACUGCUGAUGAUGGAAAUGGGUUGUCUGCGGAUGUUCUCAACAGAUCAUUUGGGUCUACUUUGGACCUGGUAACCCUUCACAACAAAAUGUCCCGGUGA